AGCGUGAUGUAAGACCCAGAGCAUUGUGGGAUAUGAGGCAUGUUUCUUGUGCGCGACAUUGACAGUAGAGGUGGAAGCUGAUGGGAGGCACUUUCACCAUCCCGACGGGUACCAUUAAGGCAGAAGGCAUCAUGAUAUCUGGCAAUGCACCGCCACAGGGCAGUCCCAUGCAUCCAGAUGUUAUAAAAAAUGCUCCUCCACCAGAAUGUCCAAUGCAUCAGGUGUCUGCAUCUGCCGAUGAUCAACUGAAGAAGGCACCAGAUGUGCCAGCACAUCAGGACAGGGCUUAUGAAUUUGUAGAGUGUCCUAUGAGAGCUGCCAGUGGAGGAAAACCUACUGUAUCAGACAUUAAUCCUGCAAAUAUGAUGCCGCCACCUAACCAGCAAGUUUCACCCGGUCAGCCGUUUCCAUUGUGUGUUGGAAGAGAGGAAUCCAACAUUCCUCGCGCUGGAUCUGAGCAGAAGUGGGUUUAUCCUUCGGAGCAGAUGUUCUGGAAUGCUAUGCUGAAAAAAGGAUGGCACUGGAACAAAGAUGACAUCAACCAGAAGGACAUGAAAGACAUAAUUAAGAUUCACAACCAGAAUAAUGAACAAGCAUGGCAGGAAAUCCUGAGAUGGGAGAGACUCCAUUCCAAAGAGUGCCCAUGUGGACCUGCUCUUUUAAGGUUUGGUGGCAAAGCAAAAGACUUUUCACCCAGAGCCAGGCUUCGCCACUGGAUGGGGCAUGAUCUACCAUUUGACAGGCAUGACUGGAUUGUUGAUCGGUGUGGAAAAGAGGUCAGAUAUGUAAUAGACUACUACGCUGGUGGCCAGGUGCCCAAGCACACCAUCCUAGAUGUGCGUCCCGCCUUUGAUUCCUUAGGGGCUGUUUGGGACCGUAUGAAAGUGACCUGGUGGCGUUGGACCUCAACAUGAACAUGAAUCUUUUAUGAUCUCUAGGAUAUUUAUUGCUAAAUAUACAGUUCAGCACAUAAAAGCCUUUUUUUGGUGAAAAACGCACUGCAUGUCACAAACUUGAUUAUUAUGUGCAUAUGCUCAAGAUCUCUUUCAAUGAGGUUAGCUAGGCAGGUCAUUGGGGCACAGUGUGCUGUUACAGAGGAAUAAUGCAUUCAACUAUCUGUUAAAUAGUGGGGGCAAACAUGAACAGAAGCAUUUUUAUGAGGCCAUUCUAAAGUGUGAUUUAGAUAUGAUCAGUCAAUAUAAUCUCUAACUUCUGUUAGAAUUUAAAAGAUCCACAGUGUUAACUAUCCACAGUGAUUGUUUGAUUUAUUGUAAGGAGCCUUGUUUUUCAAUUUUGUCGCUACUGUAUUUAAAAAAUAAAUGUAAAUAAUGUAAAUAUAAA